CUGUGUGCUGCGUGCUGUUAAUUGACCAUGUCUUCUCACAAGACUUUCAGGACCAAGCGAUUCCUGGCCAAGAAACAAAAGCAGAAUCGUCCCAUUCCCCAGUGGAUUCGUAUGAAAACUGGUAAUAAAAUCAGGUACAACUCCAAGAGGAGGCACUGGAGGAGAGCCAAGCUGGGUCUGUAA